AUGGAAGUCGUCAAUCAGCUUGUGGCGGUUGGACAGUUCCGGAUCUUCAAGGAGCCCCUGGGUUUUGUAAAGUUGCUAGAAUGGUUCUUUUCCAUUUUUGCAUUUGCGACGUGUGGCAGCUACACUGGACAAUUCCGCCUCAGCGUCAAUUGUCCCAAGAAGAAUGAGAGCAAACUCAAUAUAGAGGUGGAAUUCGCCUACCCCUUCCGGCUCCACCAGGUGUAUUUUGAUGCUCCUACCUGUAAAGGAGGUGAACAAGAAAAGGUUUUCUUGAUUGGAGACUACUCUUCCUCUGCUGAAUUCUUCGUCACCAUUGCAGUCUUCGCCUUCCUUUAUUCUUUAGCUGCGAUUGUUGUCUACAUCUUCAUGCAGGAUAAAUAUAGGGAGAACAACAAAGGUCCCAUGGUUGAUUUCAUUGUCACAGCUGUUUUUGUGUUCAUGUGGUUGGUGAGCUCUUGCGCUUGGGCCAAGGGGCUUUCAGAUGUCAAGGAGGCCACUGACCCAGAUAAUGUGAUAGAAGGCAUGUCCGUGUGUGAGGAACCAGAGGUCAAAUGCAAGGAGGAAUAUGAGCCCAUCACUUCUGGCCUCAACACCUCGGUGGUUUUUGGCUUCCUGAACUUGGUGCUUUGGGUUGGAAACCUAUGGUUUGUCUUUAAAGAGACUGGAUGGAGUGCCCCCUUCAUGAAGUACCCACCUGCCCAGGAGAAGCAGCCAGCACCUGAAACCUAUGGAGAUAGCUACAACCAAGCUCCAGGAUAUGGACAACAGGACACAUAUGGGCAGCAGAGUGGCUACCAGCCUGACUAUAGCCAGCAAGGCUAUGGUCAGCAGGGAGAAUACGGCCAGCAAGGUGGCUAUGUCCAAAGCGGGCCCACUUCCUUUGCAAACCAGAUGUAGGCGGGUGAGUCAUGGAAACAUAUGAAG